GAGGAUGAGAAGAUGAAACUGACCAAGUCAUAUGAGAAACAGCUAGAAGAAAAAUCCUCUUCAGUAACCCAGGGCUGCUACAGAAUUAGUGGAAUUAAAGAAAACUUAUGAAGGGUAUGAAGACCAACUGAAGAAUCUUCAGACUUCACUUGUAGAAAAGACCAAUGAGGUAGAGGAACUGAAUGAGAAGUAUUUUGUGGCAAGUCGAACAUUAGAAUCCCACCAGGAAGAAAUGAAGGCUUUAGAAACAAGUUUGGGCAGAUCCAAGCAGGAAGUUGAAGGCAUGAAUAAAACAUUGUCAUCAAAGGACACUAUGUUAGAUGACCUUAACACUACCUUGGGCAGCAAACGUGAAGAAAUUCAGUCACUAUAUAAGAGCCUUGAGGAGAAACAGUCAGCACUUGUGAAAUGUGAGACUCGUAUUCAACAACUGGAAGAGAAUGAGGAAAAACUUGCUCAAGACAAGGAAGAGGCUGCUCUUACUAUAUCAACCCUUAAGGAGUCCCUUGAUAACACCAAAAAACGUUUAUCCAGAUUGGAGAUUGUACACAAAGAGGAGAAGGAGGCUGAAGUGUCAAGGGUAACUUCUACUUUAGAAGGUGAUUUAAAAGAACUGAGAGAUACAAAUGCAGAACUUCUUGAAGAGUUGAAUUCCUGGAAGAGCAAGUUCCAACAUCUUGAAAAGAUGAUUGAACCAUUCAGAGAACAAUUGGAUGCCUAUGAGGUGGAAAAGGCUGGUCUACAGUCUCGCAGCUCAGCAGCAAAGGAGGAGGUUGAUAAGCUAAGCAAGCAAUAUGCCACACUCCUGGGUCACCAGAAUCAUAAACAGAAGAUCCAGCAUGUCCUUAAGCUCAAAACUGAGAAUAAUGAAUUGCGUGAAGAAGUGUUCAAGCUACGUCAAGAAACUGAACGUCAGCGAAAGACUGUCAAGAGAUUAGAAGAAAAGAUGUUACGAUUGAGUGGAUCAACAAGUCGCCUCAAUGAUACAUCUAGGAUGUUGGGAGAUAAGGAAAACUCAUUUUAUGCCGGGGCAGGAGCUCCAGCUAUGUCAUCUACACCUCUUAAACCUAGUAAUAAACCUCAACGCCUUUGAGCAGAGACAGCUAUUUGAAUGAUGCUUUUUAGCUGUUAUUAAGUUCUUGCCAUAUUCAGAAUCAAAGGAUAUCCAGCUGUCUUGACUCAUCACAUCACAUAAGUGUCUUCAUUAUCUGUCAUGUUUAUGUUCUACAACAUAAAAGAUAAAUUUUAUGUUAUUGUAAUGCACAUGCAGCAAACUAUUUUAAUCAAAUAUUACAUUUUGUUGAAUAGCUUAAGGUCUUUUAGUUGUUUUUAUUUAGAUAAAAUGAACCAGUUGUGCAAAUAACAUAAUAUGCCAUUUGUAAAUAGUCGUCACACUACACAUCAUAACCAUUGUCAGUGAGUCCGGUGUUCAUGUUUUGCAUCUCAGUGAUUUUAUUCUUCUCCUUCAUGGAACCUUUUAAACCUUUGAGUUUGAAUUUUGGGCAAUGGUCCCAAUGUACCAAAGUACAAUUUUUAAAUAAAUAACAAAGUACC